CUCAAACUCCGAUAACGACCAGACCCGAAUCCGAAAAAGCAUCAUAUCAUCGCCGUGCUUUUGAAUCCGUCGAGAUCCAUCUCUCCGGCAGUGCGAUGCCGCUGCGGUGCUUUCUCCUGCUUCGAGCUCAAAUGCUUCGAAUUCGAAGUCGUUGAGGGUUUCUGAUCUUGAUAUGGCGCCGGAGCAAGAUCCGGUUGCUGUUGAGGAGGUGAAAAACGCGGAAGUGGCCGUGAAAUCGGAGCCGGAGGAGGAGAAUGUUGAUUUGAAGGCUGAGAUCGCGGAGGAUGGAGAGAUUGAUGUGGUUGGGUUUGGGGAUGGGGCGGAUGUUUAUACUGUUCAGGGCGAUGAUCCGGAUGCUACUGAGCAUUCGAGCUCCUUUGGGGAGACGUUCUCCGGGUGCGGAGAUGGGGGGAAUUCGAGCUCGAGUGAUGCGGAAGUUGAAUCGCGGGUUGAGCAGCAUUCUCUCUCCAAUGGAGUCCUCAGGAUUUGCAGGAAAAAGAAGAUAACUGACCAUUGGAGGAACUUUGUUCGCCCUCUGAUGUGGAGGUGCCAGUGGCUAGAGUUGCGGAUGAAUGAACUACACUCCCAAGCUCUAAAGUACGACAAUGAAUUAGCAAAAUAUAUGCAGGAGAAGCAGUUGCAUUCAACAAUGGUAGGCUUAGAGGGAUCUGCUUCUAGGAUGGUUCCUUUGUCUUGUGGGAGCCGUAAAAAUCAGGUAAUGAAGAGGAGAAAAAGGAAAAGAAAUGAAGAAACAGUUGAUACAGCAUCAUAUAUGUCACAACACAAUAUAUUCUCCUAUUAUGAAAACAAGCGAUCCGAAAUAGAUCGUCACUCAAUUGAUGAUGAUUGUGGCGAUCCAGUGGAUGAAAGAAACAGAAGCACUGAUGUUUUUGAAGCUUUGAAUGAAUGGCUAAUGUUUGGUGGUCGUGAUGCCUCUUUGGAGCAAAUCCUGUUGAACAUUGAUGUUGUUCAGUCACGGAUUGUAAAGUUGAGAAGUCGUCUUGAUUCUCUUAUGAAGGCAAACAAUCGAGAGCUAGCUGUGAGCCAAGGUUUUCCUGGUUCAGGAGAAACACGUCAUAGCCAUGCUUUGAGUCCUAGCUGCUCUCCACGCAAUAAUGGAGAUAUAAAAUUGCAUGGAGCUCUAAAUACUCCACCUCAUCAUGUAUCUGAACAUGAAAUUGGGGAUGCAACCUUGCCAGGGAGUACAGUAUCAAGCUAUGGAGAUGCUGCUGAGCCCGAUAUAGUUGAGAGCACAUUGGACCUGUUGUCUGCUGCCCCUUCAAGUCAGCAUCAAUUUGGAAACUCAAGCAAGGAAAAUGCUGAGGAAGUCUUGAUCACUAACCAGACUGCUGACGAAGAACUUCAGAACUUUGAUAAGGUCAAGCAAAACCACGAAGUGGUGAAGGAAGAGGCUGAAUCAAGCUCAUCCGAUGAAAGCACAGCCCCUGAGCUUUCAGUGUCAGGACCAGGCUCCGAGAAGGAAAAGCCUAACACGACGCAACAAUCAGUUCUAAAACCUUGCUAUUCAGGGAAAAAGAGGGGCCGAAAACCAAAGAGGAAGCGAAGAGGUGGUUUUGUCGGUAACUGGAAGAGCGAAAGGCUGAAAAAACGAAAAAUGGCAUAGAGAACUAGUUGGAAUGAUGAACUUUGUUAAAUGUUGUUUGUCUGCCUUUUGUUAAAAGAUCUAAAUUCCAGUUCUGUUACUUUCAGAAACCCUUAAUUUUAAGGGCCUUUGUUUGGGUGUAUUUGGAUUUACAAGUAACAAGUGUCAUUUUGCUUUAGAAUA